CCAUUUUUGCCUUUUGCAUUUCUACUUUGAGCUCACUCUUUUUCUCUCUCUCCACAUUGAUCACUUUUACUGGCAAAAGAUCUAGGUGUUCUGCCAUCGUAUUUACAUUCAUUCAAGAUGGCAACAACAACAGCUUCUAACUUGCCAAUUGCAAUGUCAAGGCCCAGGAUUCCUUCAUCACAAAGGUUUGCAAAUGUUGGUCCUGCAAUUCUUGGAGGCAGGUUUAAGGUUGGAUCAUGUAAUAAACUGGCAAGUGUCUGUCAUGUUGCAUCAGUGCAACCCUUCCAGCGGGGCUUGACAUCAUGUGCCAUCAAAUUUGACAAAAUCAUAACAAAGGCAAUGUCUGAGUCUAGUUCAAACAAACAAGUUUCAGGAUUGCCAAUUGAUUUGAAAGGUAAAAGGGCUUUUAUUGCUGGUGUGGCUGAUGACAACGGAUAUGGCUGGGCAAUAGCAAAAUCUCUGGCAGAAGCAGGAGCUGAAAUUCUUGUUGGCACAUGGGUACCUGCUUUAAAUAUAUUUGAGUCCAGUCUACGACGUGGAAAAUUCGAUGAGUCACGCAUAUUACAAAAUGGUUCAUUGAUGGAGAUUUCCAAAGUGUAUCCCUUGGAUGCAGUCUAUGACUGUCUUGAAGAUGUCCCAGAAGAUGUCAAAUCUAACAAGCGCUAUGCUGGAGCCACAAAUUGGACUGUCCAGGAAGUUGCUGAAUCUGUUAAGAAGGAUUUUGGCACUAUUGACAUACUUGUGCACUCACUUGCUAAUGGACCAGAGGUCAGCAAACAAUUGUCCGAGACAUCUCGGAAAGGAUAUCUUGCUGCAUUGUCUGCAUCUAGUUACUCUUAUGUUUCUUUACUCAAACACUUUCUUCCAAUCAUGAACCCAGGUGGAUCUUCAAUCUCUCUUACAUACAUUGCAUCAGAGAGGAUUAUUCCUGGAUAUGGUGGUGGUAUGAGUUCUGCAAAAGCUGCUUUGGAAAGUGAUACAAGAGUGCUUGCUUUUGAAGCUGGUAGAAAGAAAAGAGUCAGAGUCAAUACUAUAUCUGCGGGUCCACUGGGAAGUCGUGCUGCAAAAGCAAUUGGUUUCAUUGACAUGAUGAUUGAUUAUUCAUUUACCAAUGCACCACUCCAGAAAGAACUACGUGCAGAGGAGGUAGGCAACACUGCUGCCUUCUUGUCAUCACCCUUGGCAUCAGCUAUCACAGGUGCUAUUAUAUAUGUAGACAAUGGACUAAACGCCAUGGGUGUUGGAGUAGACAGUCCUGUGUUCAAAGACCUUGACAUUCCAAAGGACCAACAUUGAUGUUACCCUUGAAGUGAUUAGUUUUUCUAUAUUCCAUGUCUCAGUCCUUCCACUCCAACUAAGAUCAUACGGUUUAGGAUGAUGAAAAAACUAUGAGUUAGUUUUUACAAUUGCAUAAAUCAGUAAGUGGUUGUUUGAAGUUUAUAACUACUCAUUUUUCAUCAAUUACGAUCCACUUUGCAUUGUACUCUUCAAAAUGUAUCUUAUAAUUUGAAGUGUCCUAACUUCAGAAGUUGAAUUUUUUUUUGUUAAAUUA